UUUCUUUCAUCCCGACUGUCAGGAAUACCUGGGCUAAAGACUUCACUACUGCAAGAAUUCGGCAUUCGCCUGGUAACAUAUGAUCUUCCAGGUUUUGGGGAAAGUGAUCCCAAUCCCAACAGGAACCUCGAGUCAUCAGCUCUGGAUAUGUUACAAUUAUCAUAUGCUCUUGGAGUCACUGGCAAGUUCUGGGUGUUAGGGUACUCGGGAGGGAGCAUGCAUGCUUGGGCUGCACUCAGAUACAUUCCUGACAGAGUAGCAGGUGCAAUUAUGGUUGCUCCAAUGGUUAAUCCAUAUGAACCAAGCAUGAGUAAGAAAGAGAGAUCUAGAAUCUGGGAGAAUUGGACACCAAGAAGGAAACUCAUGUACUUUUUAGCUCAGAGGUUUCCCAGAUCUCUUGCUUAUUUCUACCGCCGAAGCUUCCUGUCUGGAAACCAUGGUCAGAUAGAUAAGUGGCUAUCAUUAUCACUUGGGAAGAGGGAUAGAGCUUUUGUAGAAGAGCCCAUAUUUGAAGAGUUUUGGCAGAGGGAUGUAGAGGAAUCAGUCCGACAAAGAAAGGUAAAACCAUUUGUGGAGGAAGCUGUCUUGCAGGUUUCAGAUUGGGGUUUCAGUCUUGCAGACCUCAAAAUACAAAAGAAAAACCAAGGAAAAGGCGUCAUUUCUUGGCUCAAGUCAAUCUACAGCCAGGCAGAAGAAGAAUUAACAGGCUUUCUUGGCCCAAUACAUAUCUGGCAGGGUAUGGAUGAUAAAGUUGUCCCACCCUCAAUGACCGAUUUUGUGCAGCGAGUUCUACCAGGGGCUAUGGUGCAUAAGCUCCUUCACGAUGGCCAUUUCACCUAUUUUUAUUUCUGUGACGAAUGCCAUAAACAGAUUUUGACAACCCUUUUUGGAAACCCGCAAGGGCCACUUGCUGUUGAGGUAGAUCAAACUCCCAUCCAAGUAGAUAGCGAGGAGAAAGAAGACAACACCCUUGGUGAUUCUUCUGCCAUGGACUGAGAUCAAUUUUCUGGUUCAAUUGAACAGAGUUUGAUGUACAUACAACAGGUUAAUAUUACCCCAAUAGUCAUUAAUGAGUCUGAUAAUUAAAGCCAUUUAGUUUUGUUCUUCUGAGUUUUGUUUUACCAGACAGAUUUGGAAGUUGGAAACUUGUAGGUGGAAAAUCUGACAAAGAGGUAUCAUACAUCAACACACGUGUCCUAAUUUAAGUUAAGAGACCUAUAAAAGAUAAAAGUGGAUAUUGCCUUUUGUUAAUAAUUUUCAUUUUGUUCCACUAUUUUGUAGUAGAUCCAUUUUAUAUCUGUGUACCUGUUCUAGGAUAAAUGACACAAAUUGAACUUCAUUUGUAUACAUUUGGGCCAACAAUAGGGUUCACGAUUCA